AUGGUGGCCCUACCUCAAUAUGACUACAUCUUUGCCUUUGCUAUGAUCUUUUCGUUCCUGGACGCCUGGAACAUCGGAGCCAACGAUGUCGCCAAUUCCUUCGCCACGUCCGUUUCCUCGCGGUCUUUGACCAUGCUUCAGGCCAUGGUGAUAGCCACGGUAUGUGAAUUUGGGGGUGCUGUUCUGGCUGGUGCUCGUGUCUCGGGAACAAUCAAGAAUGGAAUCAUCAGGGUCAAUGACUUCACUGAGAACCCCUCAGUUCUGAUGCUGGGCAUGUUGUGCGCCUUGGUGGGAUCUUCCCUCUGGCUCACGCUUGCAACCAAGAUCGGUCUUCCUGUCUCAACCAGUCAUUCAAUUGUUGGUGGUAUCAUCGGAACAGGUUUUGCGACACUUGGAGCCAGCGGUGUCAACUGGUCCUGGAAGGGUGUCAGUCAGGUCUUUGCCGCCUGGGGUAUUGCACCUGGUAUUGCAGGUGGUUUUGCUGCCAUCAUCUUCUUGAUCACCAAGUACGCCGUGCUCGAGCGCAAGAACUCUCUCAGAAAUGGAUUGUGGAUGGUGCCCGUCUACUUCGGUGUGACUGCCGCCGUCCUCACCAUGUCCAUCGUCUGGAAAGGAGCUGCAUCUCUCAACCUCGACGACUGGGGUGCUGGUGAGACUGCAGGUACCAUCUUCGGUACCGCCGCCGGUGUCGUCCUUCUCUAUGCCAUCUUCCUUCUCCCUUUCCUUUACCGACGCCUCGUCAUGGAAGACUGGACACUCAAGUCCUGGGAAGUCAUCAAAGGCCCUCUCCUCUGGCGACGCGGACCUGUCCCACCAAUCCCAGAAGGUCAUGCUGGAGCCGUUAUUCAAGAUUACUACCGUGGUCACAACUUUGGCACCCCAGGAGCCGAGGUGCCUGCCGACGGCAGCCUUGAACCCUCCCCUGCUGCAGGUGGUCUCAAAGAAGCUCAGGCUGGCGCUGAUGGUGCUGCCUCGAACAGCUCAAUCGAAGAGAAGGGACCUGGAGGACUUGACCCCUACCUCAGUCUGGAAGACCGCUCUAAGCUUAAGGCCCAGGAGUACCCAUGGAAGACUCCACGAGGAUUCUGGGAUCGAUGCGUCUACUACUUCAUGCGCGGAGUCAAUCGCGAUAUUGUCGAGGAGCAGACCUCCGCGAAGCCCAAGGGAUUUGCUGCCAACAUCCUCGCCAAAGAUCUGUCCAAGAUCCACGUCCAUGUUCCUCACUACGACAACAAGACCGAGCAUCUGUACUCCUUCCUUCAGGUCAUGACCGCUGCCGUUGCCUCUUUCGGCCACGGUGCCAACGAUGUCUCCAAUGCUGUCGGCCCCCUCUCUGCCAUCUAUGGUAUUUGGCAAACCAACGAAGCCUCGUCUCGAUCCGAAGUCCCCAUCUGGAUUCUCGCCUACGGUGGCGCUGCCAUCUCCAUCGGUCUGUGGAUGUAUGGAUACAACAUGAUGCGAAAUCUUGGUAACCGCCUGACCCUCCACUCCCCCUCUCGAGGUUUCUCCAUGGAGUUGGGCGCUGCGUUGACUGUCGUCAUUGCCACUCGUCUUGCCCUGCCCAUCUCCACCACCCAGUGCAUCACCGGCGCCACUGUUGGUGUCGGUCUCUGCUCCGGAACUCUCAGAGCUAUCAACUGGCGCAUGAUCGCCUGGAUCUACAUGGGUUGGUUCAUCACCUUGCCCGUUGCGGCUACUAUCUCCGGCGGCUUGAUGGCCAUCAUCAUCAACGCCCCCCGAUGGGAAAUCAUCCCCGUUGCUGCCAACUAA